UUCGCUGAGGUGGCGGCGUGACGAAAUUGACGCAGGGGGUCGGGAUGCGGAGGGGUGCAGGAAGCAGCGCGUGGCGCGCUACGUAGGGAGUGCUCCGCGGGGACUGCAAGUUGGUGUUUACGAGGAGGAUGCUCGUGGUGGAGGUAGCAAACGGCCGCUCCCUAGUAUGGGGGGCUGAAGCGGUGCAGGCACUGCGGGAGCGUCUGGGAGUGGGGGGCCGCACGGUGGGCGCCCUGCCCCGCGGGCCCCGCCAGAACUCGCGCCUGGGCCUCCCGCUGCUGCUGAUGCCGGAGGAGGCGCGACUCCUGGCCGAGAUCGGCGCUGUGACCCUGGUCAGCGCCCCGCGCCCGGAUCCGCGCCAACACAGUCUGGCUCUGGCAUCCUUCAAACACCAGCAAGAGCAAGACUUGCAGGAGCAAAGCGCCCUGGCAGCCGAGGCCCGUGAGACUCGGCGUCAGGAGCUGCUAGACAAGAUUGCGGAGGGCCAGGCUGCGAAGAAGCAGAAGCUGGAACAGGAAUCAGGCAGCAGCGGGAGCCAGGAGGCCGGUGGGAACCAGGCUGCGGCGGAGAAUGAGGCCAGUGCUGGCCAGGCUUCCGGAGAGCCCGAGGAAGCAGGUUCCUCUUCUCCUCAGCCAGGGCCUUCAGACGGCGUGGCCCUCUUGCCCAGGUCCGCCCUGCUGGUGCAGCUGGCCACUGCGAGGCCCCGCCCCAUCAAGGCUAGACCCCUGGAUUGGCGUGUCCAGUCUGAAGACUGGCCCCAUGCUGGCCGUCCUGCCCAUGAGCUUCGCUACAGCAUCUACAGAGAUCUGUGGGAGCGAGGCUUCUUCCUCAGUGCUGCUGGCAAGUUUGGGGGUGACUUCCUCGUCUAUCCUGGUGACCCGCUUCGUUUCCACGCCCACUACAUUGCUCAGUGCUGGGCUCCUGGGGACCCCAUUCCGCUCCAGGACCUGGUCUCCGCUGGCCGCCUGGGGACCAGCGUCAGGAAGACGCUGCUCCUGUGCUCUCCUCAGCCUGACGGCAAGGUGGCCUACACGUCCCUGCAGUGGGCCAGCCUGCAGUGAGCCCCGGGGACGGGGAGCGGCGGCGUCUGUGGGAAGGGCCUUCCUGCGCGGCCCCGUGCUCAUCUCUGCACGGGAGGCCUCAAGCCCUCCUGCCUCUCUCUGCAGUUAGUUUUUGAGUUGGAUUUAUAAACACUACAUCCUUCUGACUUCCCUCCCUGUUUCAAAGCACUUACCGGCUGUGAUAUUUUUGUAGUUACCUGUUUCUAAACUGUGAGCUUCUUGAGGGUGAAGAUGGGUUGGUUCCAUCUCUGUUUUCUACUGGGCGCAGGUCCCAAGAAGUCUCAGUAAACUCGUUGAGUAAA